UGUGGUAUACCUUUGGCAACUGUCUAUUUACGUUGUUAGAUCCCCUUUCAAACUGAGACCUUCCAAAAUGUAUGAAAACAAACAGCGAGCGAGCAUACGAAUGUGGGUGUGUGUGCACUCGGGAAGGCCCGUCUGAAUCUAUAAACUACUGACAGCAGCAGUGGCAUACGCACGGGAGGCCAUUAUUGCCAUCGCAGUUGUCUUACGGAAAGUGAAGUUUGUGAAAUAGCUGAAUUUUGCGGAAUCAAAGGAACAGAUUUUACCAAACUGCUAGGAUAGCACUUGCUUUCAUGGUCGUUCGCGGUUAGAUAUUCUCCUUUUCCUGCAAGCUAGAAUGUGCAAUUAGAUGUGAAAACGGAUAACAUCUUGAGAAUAGCCUCAGCGGUGUACAAAGCAAGAGAAAAAAAGGUGUCGACAUUAGUUCGAUCGUUGAUGUUGGUUGACCCUCUUUCGCAGCUUAGAAUGUUGUUGUUUUAUUAGCAAAUAUUGGGUUGAACCGAAGCUUCCAAGCUGCCUGGUUUGCUAUUUUUGGUAGCUAAAGGACAUUCGAUUUGUCGGAAUUGUGCGCGUGGAAAAUCUGGUAUACAAGAUUACUGCAUUGUGACGAUGGCGAUCGAGUGACGAAAUAAGAAACAAAAAUUUUUCGUUUUCCUUUUUCUGCCCCUACGACGGAAACCUAACGGAACACGAACACGAAGCCACACCGUUUAUAAUUGUGGUUCUGGUGGUAGAAAGAAAAAUAAAAAACUGAAUCAAUGAUGUCGGUUGUUUAAAAUUUCUCUCUUCCGGAAUAGUUCGAAGCAGAAGUUUGUGAAUAUUCCAAUGUGUUAGGCAGACAGCCUUUAGUGGAAGUUUUACCAUUGCCUCUAUACAUCACAUCUCACAUUCUAAUGCAUCAAAAGUCCGGGUUCCGGAACAGUGACAGCAAAGCUGGAAUCGUCUGAUAUUGGUCUGUGUGAAAUGUCCUCCUCCGCUGGACAUCAUCUGGGAGCGAUUCAGCCGUCCGGUAAUAGCAGCACCAGCGUCGGUUCCAGCGCAGCAACACGCUCAAUGUUGUCCGUCAAUCUGGAAGCUGCCGCGAUGGCCAACGAUCCGUUGCGGGAUUUGUUCGAGGCGUGUAAAACGGGUGAUUUGGUCAAGGUGAAGAAAUUGAUCACGUCACAGACGGUGAACGCAAGGGACACCGCUGGGAGGAAGUCGACCCCUUUGCACUUCGCAGCUGGUUACGGUCGUCGGGAUGUGGUCGAAUUUUUGUUAGCCAACGGCGCAUCGAUUCAAGCCCGUGACGACGGGGGUCUCCAUCCGUUGCACAACGCGUGCUCUUUCGGCCAUGCGGAUGUCGUGCGUUUGCUGCUGGAAGCAGGUGCCAAUCCCAACACAAGGGACAACUGGAACUAUACCCCGCUGCAUGAGGCCGCCAGCAAGGGAAAGGUGGACGUUUGUAUCGCUCUGCUCCAGCAUGGUGCCGAUCCGAAUAUUAGAAAUUCGGAAAAUAAAAUUCCUCUGGACUUGGCGGACUCAUGCACGAGGCCCGUCCUGACCGGUGAGUACAGGAAGGAUGAGCUGUUGGAAGCGGCCCGAUCGGGAUCGGAGGAACGUAUGCUAGAGUUGUUGACACCACUGAACGUGAACUGUCACGCAAGCGACGGCCGAAAGUCUACGCCAUUGCACUUGGCUGCCGGCUACAACCGCAUCCGGGUCGUUCAAAUCCUUCUCCAGCACGGUGCCGAUGUGCACGCUAAGGACAAGGGUGGCCUCGUGCCCCUGCACAAUGCCUGUUCCUAUGGUCACUUCGAGGUGACAGAGCUGCUGAUCAAGCACGGUGGCAACGUAAACGCGAAUGACCUGUGGGCAUUCACGCCGCUGCACGAGGCCGCCUCCAAGAGCCGGGUGGAGGUUUGCAGUCUGCUUCUGGCCGAGGGAGCUGAUCCGACGCUACUGAACUGCCAUAACAAAUCGGCCAUCGAUUCCGCUCCGACACGGGAGCUGCAAGAGAAGAUUUCAUAUGAAUACAAAGGGCACUGCGUGUUGGACGCUUGCCGCCAGGCUGAUAUACAACGACUGAAAAAGAACCUUACCACAGAGACUGUGAAUUUUGUACAUCCUUAUAGUGGAGAUACGCCGCUGCACGCCGUAGCACAAUCCGUGUAUCCCAAGCGCAAACAAGUAUUGGAAGUACUUAUCCGUAAGGGCGCUUUGCUGAAUGAGAAAAAUAAAGACUUCCUCACACCACUGCAUAUUGCAGCGGAUAAUUCCCAUUACGAGAUUAUGGAUGUGCUGUUACGUCACGGCGCCAAGGUUGACGUCCUGGAUGGUCUCGGCCAAACCGCGCUGCACCGUUGCGCUCGUGACGAUAACAUUCAGGCGUGUCGUUUGUUGCUUUCGUACAACAUCGACAGCACCGUCGUGUCACUGCAGGGAUACACUGCUGCUCAGCUGGCAACGGAAAAUGUGCUGAAGAUUCUACAGGAUCCUCCUUCGGACACGGUUGAUCUCGAGUGUCAACUGCUGGAAGCGGCCAAGGCUGGCGAUCUGGACACGGUUCGACGGAUUGUGCUGUCCAAUCCGAUGACAGUCAACUGUCGGGAUCUGGAUGGACGCCACUCGACGCCGCUCCAUUUUGCUGCCGGUUACAACCGGGUUCCAGUGGUGGAGUUCCUGCUGGAGCAUGGUGCCGAGGUGCACGCCUCGGACAAGGGAGGCCUGGUUCCACUGCACAAUGCUUGUUCCUACGGGCACUACGAGGUGACCGAACUGUUGGUGAAGCAUGGGGCCAACGUAAAUGUAGCGGAUUUAUGGAAGUUUACGCCCCUUCACGAAGCGGCUGCUAAGGGGAAAUACGAGAUUGUGAAGCUGCUGAUAAAGCACGGAGCGGAUGUAACAAAAAAGAAUCGCGAUGGUGCAACACCGUUGGAUUUGGUGCGUGAGGGUGACCAAGACGUGGCAGAUCUAUUACGUGGUAACGCGGCACUCCUAGACGCAGCCAAGAAAGGCAAUCUAGCUCGCGUACAACGACUUGUCUCACCGGACAAUAUUAAUUGCCGAGAUGCUCAAGGCAGAAAUUCUACUCCGUUGCAUUUAGCUGCCGGAUACAAUAAUCUUGAGGUGGCGGAGUACCUCCUGGAACACGGCGCCGACGUGAACGCACAAGACAAAGGUGGUUUAAUACCGCUUCACAAUGCUUCGUCCUACGGCCACCUCGAUAUAGCGGCGUUGCUGAUCAAGCACAACACCGUGGUCAAUGCGACCGACAAGUGGGGCUACACACCACUGCAUGAGGCUGCCCAAAAGGGACGCACCCAACUAUGUUCCCUACUCCUCGCACACGGCGCAGAUCCUUUUAUGAAAAACCAAGAGGGUCAGACUAGUUUGGACCUUGCGACAGCCGCAGAUGUCAAGUGUCUCCUACAGGAUGCAAUGGUUGCAUCGCAAGCUUCCAUAGCUGCUAGCGGCAGCUCAGCAGUACCCAACAACUCGAUGUUGGUCACCGCGUGUUCACCAACGACAGAAACAGUCACACUGCCAACGGGCGCAUCGAUGACCCUAUCGGUUCCAGUUCCACAACUUCCCAUUCGUAGCUGCCUCAGUCCGGCGCAGGGUGCCGAAACAAACGUCGAUGGCGUUGUGAUGGACGAUGACAAGAUGCAGCAGUCGAUUUCGAUUGAAUCGUCGGUCGCAGCCUUCCUCACUAGUCUACAACUGGAGCACUUGAUCGAACUGUUCGAACGAGAACAGAUCACGAUGGAUAUAUUGGCUGAAAUGGGCCACGAAGACCUGAAACAAGUGGGCGUUUCGGCUUACGGAUUCCGGCACAAAAUACUGAAGGGUAUAGUUACACUGCGGGCAACCACAGGGCUUGGCCUUACCCCGAAUCCGGGUACUCUUCUGGUCGAUCUCCUUCCCGACGACAAGGAGUUUCUUGCCGUCGAAGAAGAGAUGCAGGCAACGAUAAGAGAACACCGGGACAAUGGCCACUCGGGCGGUUUCUUCAAUCGAUAUAACAUCGUCAGGGUGCAAAAAGUCCAGAAUCGUAAACUGUGGGAGCGCUACGUUCAUCGGCGGAAAGAAAUCUCCGAAGAGAAUGGCCACCAGGCGAGCGAGCGAAUGCUUUUCCACGGAUCGCCAUUCAUAAAUGCCAUCGUGCAGAAAGGGUUCGACGAGCGGCACGCCUACAUUGGUGGGAUGUUCGGUGCGGGGAUUUAUUUCGCGGAGCACAGCUCCAAAUCGAACCAGUACGUGUACGGGAUUGGGGGCGGAAUCGGUUGCCCGGCGCAUAAAGACAAAUCGUGCUAUCAGUGUCACAGGCAACUAUUACUUUGUCGAGUAGCGCUGGGCAAAUCGUUCCUUCAGUUCAGUGCAAUGAAGAUGGCACACGCACCACCUGGACAUCACUCUGUCAUCGGCAGGCCUUCGGCGGGUGGGCUACAUUUUCCCGAGUAUGUCGUCUACCGCGGUGAACAGGCCUAUCCCGAGUACCUGAUUACCUACCAAAUCGUAAAACCAGACGAUAGUACCAGCACAGAGGAACCAGCAAGAUGAUGGACAAUUUCCGCAGUCAGUAACAUCGGUCAGAAUAACAACAUCCUCCUUGCUGGUGGUGUUAGCAGCAGUAACACCACCAACACUAAUAACAGCAUCAACAGCGGCAAUGGCAAUAACAGCAACAACAACAACAACAACAACAACAACAACAACAACAACAACAACAACAACAACAACAGCAAUACUGGUAGCAGUGGCAACACAUCCAUCACACUGGCUACGGUUCACACUUCCAGUUUUACCCGAAUUCGCUCCACGACCCGGUCAACGAUGGCCAGAGCGACUGCGGUCCGGGUCUCAACGGGGAAAAAAUUUAGUCAACUGCUUAUCAUCACACCGGCGGUUGCGAUCGAUAGCAGCAACGAGGCCGGCUAUUCCGGUCCUUUCAAUUCACACGACAGUGGCUGUGGCAGUAGCGGAAGCGAUGCAAGUCUGAACAGCGAUGAACGCAACGAACGGAUCAAUGCUGCUACUAGUGUUGUUAGCGAUAGCAAUAAUAAUAACAAGAGGGACAACCAACGGAAAAAAAUAUCUUCCACAGGUAGGAAACAGUUUGUCAAGAGCGCUGCAACUCCAUCUACAUCGGUAGGUUCUGGCGGCAGUGAUCCAACGCAUUCGUGGCGUUGGUGUUCGAUCAUUUGUUCAGCGGUUAGGUGCUUCAGAGCAGCAGCGCACACACAACAGCACCUUGGAACGAUUCACUACAACUCUAGCAGGGGAGUAUCGACCGUUGGUAGCGAAGCUGCCACCAGAAGAGGUACAAUAAAAAAUGCUCUCACCGGUGUUGGAGGAGCGAGGAGUUGUGGCUCCCGAUUCAGUGGUGACCACAUAUACGAAUACACCAUCAAAAGCUAUCGAUCGGGGGCGAGUGAACAUGACCACAUUAAUAACAACAGUGGUGGGAAUAAUUCCGGAGGUGACUUGAACGAUCGAAGCAACAUUAUGUACAAGUUGUGACAACAUUGGGGCACACCAACAAAUUCCAACGGUUGUUUCAUAGUUUGGUUGUCGCCCGGGCGCCGCAGUCAGUUAUUUGCAACACCAUACUGCCAAUUAUUAUCGACAUAUGUGUUAUUGUAGGCUAUUUCUGCUAUACCGUUAUUGGUUUUCCCUCGAGGGAAUAUCGAACAGUUCCGCUAGUAAUUGUUUGAUCAGAAGAUUUUGGUCUCAUUUAGUAGUGCAAGUGCUAUCCAAGCGAAAAAAACGAUGAUUAUUUCUAACGAAUAAAAUAACUGUGUGAUCUUUAUAUAUAUACAUUAAAAUAGGGGAGCAGCUAAACAUGAUUCGGGCGGAUACGGAGCGUCGAUGGACGCGCGAUAACCAUAUAACAUAUACCUUGACAUUUAUACUACAUGAAAAUUAUUCCGACAGAACUAGCUGAACGCGCAUUAUCAUAUACCCGAUAUUAUCCAUUGCUAUAGUUAGCCGUGAUCGAGGAAUAGGGUAGAGGCUGUCGUGAAACGAUGAGAAAAGCUGGAAAACAAGAAUGGUACUUAAACGUGAGGUUAUUAUUCUCUACGUAAGCAUUUUUCCCGAACUGAUUGAUAAAUUUACCUUCACCGUUUUGAGUGAGGUUUUGAUAAUGAAGCGAAUAGUUUUUCAGAGUUCCAGCAAGGAAAAAGGUGACUAUGUGGCCAGAUCGAUAUCUAUUGUUUUUCAUCUGCAGUGCCGAGCAUAUACGAACAUUAUAUGACGAAAAAAAAUGGAACAAAAAGUACGAUUUAUGAAAUGACAGAACUAUACAUCGAAGUUCGAACCGAGGGAUUAAUUGAUGGGUUUUUUUUGGCUAGGAUGAUAAAUUAUAAAAGACGUGCGUGUAUCACAUUUGCAAAGCA